UCCAAACCAAGCACUGUCCAAUGACUCAUCACCCAAUACUGGUAGUAAUGAAACACAAGAUGGACUUCGACAGGCUGUAAAAAGACCAAGUUCACCAUUGGAUGAAGGGGCUCAAGCUAAGAGAAUGAGAAUACUAAGCACCAAUCAGGUUGAAGAAAAGACAGCACCUAAGGAAAACAAUGCUGAUGGUACUGACUCAAAAGACAAGGACAACUCAAUAGAACAGAAUGACAUAGAGGUGAAUACAGAAUCUGAACCCAUUGCUAGAGGAGUCAAAAGACGAAGCUCUCCCAUUGAUCCAACCAUAGUGAAGCAAUUUAGAGACAGUAAUCAGGAGGAUGAAGAGAAAGAGCUCUAUGACACAAUGGAGCAGCUUCAGCCUUCGCAGAUGAAAGUUCCAGUAAAAAACUCUAUAAAACUCAAACUGAAAUAACUACAUAUUCAUACACUACCAGUGUUCCAUCCUUGACAUCAAAGUGUACAUUUGUACUUUCAUUUGACUCUUGUUUAUACAGAUUGCAUCAGUACAAAUCACAUGCGUGCAAUAAGGUCCUUGUUAGUAGUGAGAGAUCUAUAUACUAUAUAAAGUGCCUUAUUGAUAUAGCAUUUUUGGUGUGGAGAAAGUAGGAGACAUAACAAUGUAUUCAUUCAAAAAUCAUACAGAGAUCCAACAGGACAAACCACCUGACCCUGCUGUACUUAGGGUGAGUAAUGCUAUCCACUGGAAAGAUCUCUGUCCUGUAGAUAACAGCUAUGUUAUAUGUACGCAGUGGAUAAUCUUGGAUAGCUAAAUCUCCCUUUGCACACCAGACCGUGGCAGAAGCAAUUCAUGACUGUCAGGACAUGUAGAUUUUUGUCGCUCUACAUUUAUUUUAAUAAAUUAUUUUACAAACAUUAUGACUUAACUAUUGGAGCUUAAAAUAUAGUUACAUGGAUAUGCACUUGCAGUUCAUCAGAAAAUCUGAAAAAUGCAUGCAACCUGUUUGUGGCUGUAUAUUUUUGUUUGAAAAGUUUGUGCCUUAAAAAAAUAACAAAAAUUUGACCCCUUUUUCUUAGAUAUAAAGCUGAAGAGAGUUAUAUAACUAUAUCUAAAAACAUACAAACUUUUUCGUUUUCGUUUGUAAGACAUUGUUAAUGAAAUAAAUGUUUUAUAAAAAUAAGAA